AGGGUAGGGUUACUAUUUUGUUACAGGAAUUUGGGUUCUCUGAUUCCGGUGAGCUAAUAUUCGAUGAUGAUCUUUGUCUUGACAUUUCAAGCAAAGAGAGAGGAGGUAAAGUUGGAAUACUAAACUGUCAUGGACUGGGAGGGAACCAGAAAUGGGAGUACAAUAAUGUGACUCGUCAUCUUCAACACAUGGUAACUAAGCUUUGUGUGGAAAAGGGACCUGGCAAUAUUCUUGUUAUGAAUAAUUGCAUGGAGUCUUUCCCUUCUCAGGAAUGGAUCUUUGGUCGUAAAUACAACUCUAAGAAGAGGAAACACUGAUUGAGACAGCAAUAAAUAAAUCUAUUUUUUCAGAAGUUUUCAAAUAAUAAUAAUAAUAAUCAUUUAAUUAUU